GGAAGUUUUUAUUUGAAAUGCCGCGGCGGUCCGUCAGAAUCCAGAAUGUAAACAAAAGUUUCGUUUGCAACUUCGCAUGCAACCUCUCAGAGCAUCAGACUAGUCUUGCAUGAACGAUGACUUCAUCCUACUCAAGAGGACACAGACUCAACCCUUUGAAAAAACAUAUUGGAAGACGCACUGGGAAGAAUGUGCUGGCUGGAAAAAAGAUCAGGAGAAAUGCGGAUGGCUUGGACAACUUUGAUGACUACAUGUCAGAAUCAGAUGCUGACCUCACACGAGAUGUUGACUGCAUGUCUGAAAUCCAUGAAGAGUCAGAAGGUUCACAGAGCUCCCAAGGAGAUGGAAAGGAGAAUUUCUCCCGGGGCUACAUGACUUCUCUCUCCCAGGGAAACUAUACAGCCAGCCAGCUGUCACAGUUCAGUCAGGGCAGUAAAAUUGAAAAUCGAUCUCGAUUUGCUUGGCUUAGAACAAAAAACACCAAAGUUGGCAGGAGGACUGGAAAGGAUUAUGCACACAAGGACAUAAGGAAAGAUGAGCAUGGUUUAGAGGUCUUUGAUGAUUACCUGUCUGAGUCUGAUGUGUCUACAUAUUCUAGAUAUAGUAGUGGCAGCUCAGAUUUGAAAGCGAGUAGAUUGGAGAUGGACAAAAGUAGUCGUCAGAGUUUAGGAAGAAAUGAUUCUGAUGUUUCUGCCCAUAAAGUAUUAAGAAAUGAUGUUUCAAGGCAAGCUGGACAGUCUCACUCAGACAUGGUUGAUGGGCAAAACACUGACAGUCCAUCAGAUGCUGAUGAAGAGACAAUAGAAGAAAAUGUAUCACAUUCAAAAGAAAGUGUAUCAAAGACUUUAAGUCAGCAUGAAAGGCUUGACAAAGACAUCAGAAGUGAAUCUGAAUCUGUAUCUUUAGAAGAAAGUUCCAAAUCAAAUGUAAGGAAAUCUCAAUUGGGAACCACAAGUAAAUCCAGAAGUACUGACAGUGUGCAUGUAGUUGAAAACAUAAGUAAUUUUGUAAAUAAUCAGAGUGCAAGGACAAGUUUAAGUAAAACUCCCACACCAAGAAAAAAAGCAAGAAUAAAUAAUAGUGAUACAGGUGGUAAACACGAAAAGCAGUCAAGUCAAAAUGAUGUAAAAACCACCAGACCUUUAAGAAAAUCUCCACGAAAAAGCAUUUCAGCCUUGAAAAGUACUGUAGAAAAAUCUAGUGAGAGUGACAAUGUUGAUUCUGAAACUGAAAAUGAAGAAGAAACAACUGAAUAUGAAAACAAACAUGAAUCUAGAGAAAGAAAGAGUCAGACAUUUAAACAAGCUGUUCAAACAUCUGUAGAGAGUACUGAGAGUGAUCAUGUUGAUAAUCAAGGUGAAUAUGAUAAUGACAGUGGAGAACAUAUUGAAGACUCUGGGCCCAUUGCUGGUGAAGAAAGUAAGGACCUUGGCAGAAGGAAAAGUCUGAGUUCUGUACGAGCAAACAGACAAAUAAAAAGGUCGUCAAGAAAAUCCCCAAGUAAAAACUUGUCAAAAGGUGGAAUAAGUGACAAUCAAACUGAAGAUCAUGAAGAAUGUAUUGAGGGUGAAGAGAAUAAGAAUUCUGGAAGCAGAAAGAGUCAGAGCUUUUUACAAACAAGCAGGUCAUCAAGAACAUCCCUUAGAAAAAGCUCUAGAAAAGGUAAAACCAUUGAAACUGAAACUGAAGAUGAUACAGAAACUAUUGAGAGUCAAAAAGAUAUAAGCAAAAAUGCAGGUGGAAGAAGAAGCCAGAGUCAUGUGCAAACAAACAAAUCAUCCAAAGAAUCACUGAGUAAAAUAGGCUCAAGUUACGAAGGCAAUGUAGAUCAUUCAAAGAAAGGUGAUAAUAUUGACAAAAUCAAGGAAGAUGACAAAAAGGCACCCCAAGCUAAAGAAGAUGGUAGGAAUUCUUUGGGAAGAAACAGUCAGAGCUUUGUUCAAUCUAGAAGGUCCUCUAGAAAAUCCCCAAGAAAAAGCUCAGCAGCUCAGCUAAAUAUUUCAGAAAAGUCGAACAAUGAAAGCGAUAAGUUUAUGGAGAGUGGCCCUGUUGAAAGUGAAUCUGAUGGUUAUCAAGAGACAAGUGAGGGUAAAACAGAUGUCACUAAUAGAUCUGGAAUAAGAAAAAAACAUGUAUUUGUAAAAACUAAUACUUCACUUAGAAAAUCCCCUAGGAGAAGCUCAUUAGGAGCAGACAUCAUUGGAGAAAUGUCUGAGAGAAGAGUUAAAACUGUAGAAAGUAACAAUAACGAUCAUGACCUGGAAGAAGAUGAAAGUGAUGGUAAUCAAAUAGAUACAACUGAAAAUGAAACAAAGCAGGCUAGCAAAUGUCAAGAUUCAAGAAGACAAAGCAAGAAUUUAUCUGAAACAGUCAAUAAAACAGACGGUAACAUUCAUGAAAAACAAUCUAAAUCUGAAAUCAGAAUUGUGUCCAGUGAAUCAUAUCAGGAUGACGAGGUUGAGCUGGAGAAACAUGAUACAGUGGAAACUGAAGACAGUGAGGUCCAGACUGAAGAACAUGAUACCGAGGAAACUGAAGACAGUAGGCUCCAGACAGAAGAACAUGAUACCGAGGAAACAGAAAAACAUGAUACCAGGGAAACUGAAGAACAUGAUACCGAAGAAACUGAAGACAGUCAGCUCCAGACUGAAGAACAUGAUACGGAGGAAACUGAAGAACAUGAUACGGUGGAAACUGAAGAACAUGAUACUGAGGAAACUGAAGGACAUGAUACGGAGGAAACUGAAGAACAUGAUACGCUGGACACUGAAGAACAUGAUACCGAGGAAACUGAAGAACAUGAUACUGAGGAAGCUGAAGAACAUGAUACCGAGGGACAUGAAGACAGUGAGCUCCAGACUGAAGAUGGUCAACCUCAGUCUGGUGAUGAGCCUGCAAAUGACAGCAAUAAUGACAAUGAUAAUGAUCUCAGCCUUGCUCCCUCCCAGGCGCUGUCACAUAUAGACCAUGCUGGCAACAGAAGUGGCUCAAUCAGCAAAGUGGAUAUUCCGUCAUCAGUUGUCAGCUUUAACAGAACAAAAAAAAGGUUGUCAUAUUCUGCGAUGGAAGCCAGUGAUGAUUCAAUUAAAUCUAGGAGAGACAGAAUCAAUCAAGCCAACGCUGAAUUAAAACAAGAUGCCAAAAGUACAAGGAGUUCAUACAGCACAGAAUCUGAGUUUCUGAGCAUAGCAGAGCGAACAAAGCAUCAUAACAAUCAAACUGCAGCAGCAGAUGAGUUGGACGACGACACUGACAGCAUUAUAAUUGUUGAAGAAGUAAAACAUAAACUAACUGCUAGAGAAUCACCCAACAAUCAAACACAGAACAAAUCAAAGAGAAAGAGCAGUGUGAAUCAUGUGAAAUUAAAAACAAAGUUGAAAAAGCCACGUGCAACCAAGGGCAGAAAGACAGCUAACGUUGUUCAAUCUGAAGCUGUCGAUGCCGUAAGUAAAAAAGAUGUAUAUAGAAAGAAAUCAGCGAAAGUCAGUGUUAGUGUAAAUGAUGUGUAUAACAUAAAUGUUUCUGAUGACUUGGAAGGUGAGGAUACUUCUAGACUUGGUGAAAAUAAACAUGAAAAAAGCGUUAAGGAAAAACAAAAUACUAAAACAACAGCAAAACCUAAUGAAGUUAUAGCGGAAGUGGUUUUAAAAAAGAGAAAACUUAGCUUUAGUGCUUGUGAAACUGCAGGCUUAAGUGAUAACAUUGAUUCAAAUGUACAUGUUCCACAAUAUAGUAACAUCGAUCAAGGAAGCCCUUUAGGAGUAACAGCUGGGAAGAGAAAAUCAUCAUCUGAAGAAGAUAAUGACAGUUAUAGUUAUAAAACUAGUCCUAAGAAACAAAAAACUAAAAGCAACAGAAAAUUGAAACAUACUUCUGAUGAGAGCAUUUCUAGGAAAAAAUCUGUAAAGAAAGUUUUGAAAACUAAAAAUAAGAAAGAUUUAAAGACUGAUUCCCUUCAAGAAUCUGAAGAUGCUGAAAUUAGUCCAAGUGAAAGUCAAAAUAUGGGAAAAAAGUCAUCCAAGAAGAACAAAAACAACAUUGAAAGUGAAGCCAAAAAAUCUAAACAAAAGAAAAAAUCUGCCAUUUUACCAAAGGGGCAGAAAAAAGGGAAGAGUAGUUUACCCGAAGAUGAUGAUGAUGAUGGUCUUUUAGUAGAUGCCACAGGUGGCAGUCAACAGUUUAGUCCAGUGGCGUUAAGCACACCUGCAACUGGACACAAAAAGAAGGUUUCCACCAAAUUCGGAAGUGGCGUGUCGUUCCGUCAUAGAUCAAUGCUGCCCGAGGAUAAUGGUUCUUGUUAUCUCAGUGGAAUGAAUGUAGAGGUCGAGGUGGAGCCGUUGUCGGACCUGACUCCGUGUAUCUCUCGCCCUGGGGCUGCCCGCAAGUCACGUGGCCGCCGGGUCACCAUCUGCCCCGAAAAACCUCAGGAAAAUGUUAUCCAAGGAGAUGGACCAGAAGAAUCUGAGGACUGGCAGGAACAGGAUAUGAGGACAUUUGUAGCCAAAAAGUUCCGACACAGCAUGGGAUUGUCUGUGACUGGGUUACCAGAUACUGACUCAACCCCACAACACAUAUGUGAGACAACUCGGCGCGAGUCAGUGAAAGGGUCUGCUGAAUGUACUGAAAAUGGCAUCAUAAUAUCUGGCCUUAUCCACCCAGAGGAGUCUGUUGACGGACUCCGGCGCUCAAAGAGAACACGCCUGCGUCCCAUCGCCUGGUACAAGAAUGAGAGGGUCGUCGUUGAAUUAUCUGACGAGUCAGGUCCAAGAAUUGUUGGUGUAAAACCAGCCAGUAUAGACCAUCAUAUGAAGAUAAUGGAGGAAAAACGCAAGAAAAGGAAGCUCAUGUUCCAGAUCCGCAAGCAAAGUACCAGAAGCAAGGAUUUGAAGCAGAGGAAGUUGUCGAUCCAUGGAUCUCUGCCGGAUGAUGCUGUAGAGGAUCCGGAUGUCUAUGUUUCUUGCGUCAACCAGGCCACAGGGGCCGAGGAUGAUAUUGAAUGCAUUGCCAAGGUGGACAGGUUCAAGCCAACCGGUCCCAACCAGAGGAGCCCCACGUCCCGAGACCCAUAUCUGCUCACCCACCAGUUAAAUCACCACUGUAUGUCGUUGGGGAAGCUAGAACUUCGGCCUCAUGCAACCAAGCCAGACCAUCUCAAUGUCCAUGACUUUGUGUGUUUUUCCAUAGAGUAUGGGAAAGUUCUGGUGAAGAUCCACCAGACAGCUACUGUGUUGGAGACAGGUGAUUCUUUCCUCGUCCCAGUGGGUAACACGUACAGCAUCAAGAAUCUGCGAGAUGAUGAUGCGAGACUGGGAUUUGUGGUUGGGAAAAGCUCCAGUAUAGCAGAGACCGCCAGCUUACAAGACGACACCAGCUGAACAACACGAGGGCUGUAGACUUUAGGUUCAGCUGGAAUUGUAUUGAUUGACAGGAGUUUUAGGACUUCAGGCCAUGAAUAUGGCUUCUUAGUGUUUAAGAAAUUAUUUCUGUUUAUAAUAAAUAUAUAACAAAAUUUAUUGUGGUGAAAUGUGAUUUGUUUUAAUACCUUGUGGUAAGGGAAUUAAGAUUGUUCGAAAAAGUGGGGCCUGGUGAAUUGAUGAUGACAACUUAAACUAGUUUAGUAUUGGGGAAAUAUAAAAAAUUUCUGCUAUUAUCUCUAAAUAGCAUUAUGUUGUAUGUAUGCAUUAUAUAACAUAUGCAAAUAUGAAGUUUGCGCUUGUAAAUUUGAUUGAUUUACUACCGUAUUUGUUGUAUAUGAGCAUGUUAAAGCAUAUUUCUGCGAUAUAUUAUUUUGUACUGUAGAGUGAACUGUUACUUAUUAUAACAUUGUAAUUUUUUACUAUUGUUGCUGAUAACAGGAAAUGAGUUAAGGUUAAUUAGCUUAUACUAAGUUAUUCUAUAAACCAACACCUAUUGACCAUUGUUUAACUAUAAGGCAGCUUGAGACAAUACAUUGAUAUGUGGAAAAGUUAAUUACUGGUGUAAGAAUUACCGGAAAACAACAGCAUUUUUUAUCUUGUUAAUGCUAAACAUGUAGUUGACGAUCAAUUAUGUAAAUAAAACAUAGGAAAACAUGUACUGUUACUGUUACAUUUGUUUCCUGUAAAAAUAAAUAACCCAAAAUCACAAAGCACCAGGCUGGAUAAUAUAUGUUUGUAAAAUAUUGUGCUCCCUGAGUGCCGCAUGAAUAGGAACAUUUGAAAGACUCCAUUAAUGUGUUACAAAAAGAAAUGCAUAAAGAGACUGUGACCUUAAUCUGACUUCUACUGACCCUAAAAAGACCAACCAAUGUUCUGAACACAUGGGCAAUUCAUUGGUGCAUGACAUGACCAACUGUAUGUACAUAUUCUCAACGCAGAUACAGUCAAUUUUUGAAAAAUCAAGUGUCAUAACUCUUCAUUAAUUGAGCAAAACAGGCAUCUCAACCUUAGUUUGAUUAUAGUCUGAUCACAUUAUUCUCUCUAGAGCUAUGGAUCUUGCUUUUUUUUUUAAAAUUGGUCAAUUCCAUUCUUACCAAAUUCACAAUACACUUCAGACUGUAAAAUCUUAACAAUUUGGUUUUCAAAAUCAGUCCUUUAAU